CGUAUCGAAAGCGCGAUGAAAAUUUAUGUAUCACAAAAUGUUAUACUGCAGAAUACGAAUUUGCUUCAUAAAAGUUUAAUAUGUGCUAUAGACAUUCAACGAAAAGCAAUUGCGUAUUGCGAAUUAAUACGAUCCACAUUUGAAGUAACGUUCAUGGCUUUAAUGGGAAUCGCAGUGAUAACUUUAAGCUUCAAUAUAUUUCGAGUUUUUCAGAUUACAUCAUCGGGUUAUAAUAUUGAAGAAUUUUCCAUGCCUUAUUUAUCAUCAAUUAGUUGUCUCUUAUACAUGUUUCUAGCCAAUCUCAUUGGACAAGAAGUUACGGAUCACUAUAAUUAUAUGUUUGAUUCGGCAUACAAAAUCCAAUGGUAUCUAGCUCCUCUACAUAUACAAAAGCUAAUACUAUUACUAAUACAGAGAGGCAACAAAUUUUAUGGGCUAACCUUAGGUGGAUUGUUUGUGGCAUCUUUGGAGUGUUUUGCUACGUUGUUAAAUACAUCUAUAUCUUAUUUUAUCGUUAUGCAUUCAACGAGAUAGUGAUAGCAAAACAUAUCGACUAACACCAUGGGGAUGAAUUUAGUAAAAAAUGAUACAGUACACCUUAAGUAAGAAAUAUCGCGGAUUAUAUAAAAAAAUGUAUGUAAAUUAGAUAACAACAAACUAAGAAGUUCUAUAGUAAUUUUUGUAAGAAACAUAAUAUAAC